UCGUGCAAGAAUAAGAGCGCACUUCUGUUAGGAACGACACCGACGGAUUCUCUCUCUCUCUCUCUCUCUCUCUCUCUCUCUCUCUCUCUCUCUCUGCAUAUUCCUGGCAUCUUUACUGCGACUGAAGCCCGAGGAGAUUUCUAGAUCCUGUCGGAUUCCUGAAUUUGAAUCUCAGGUAGGGAAUCGAAUUCCUCUGGAGGUCGAGGUCUGGAUCUGGCUGAAUAUAUUAACGUUUCGGGGAAGAGAACAUGAUCGGGGAAAUGCCUUGCUAAGCUGAUCAUUCUUGUCGAGUAAGGUUUAGCGCGGUCUAUAGUUAUCAGUUUGGGGGAAGGCCGAUGAAGAACGGGAUGAUGGAGUGCAGCGUAUGUCGUUCGAGAAUUGUUUCUCCCACUAGCAAAACUGUUUCAAGGGCUUAUGACAACCACAAGAUCAGGGUAUCCUCAAAACAACGUGCUCUCAAUGUCCUUUUGGUAGUUGGUGACUGCAUCCUAGUUGGUCUACAGCCUGUCUUAGUUUACAUGUCUAAAGUGGAUGGGAAAUUCAACUUCAGUCCCGUUAGUGUCAACUUCUUGACGGAAAUGACCAAGGUUCUUUUUGCAGUUGUCAUGCUUUUGUUCGAGGCUAGGCACCAAAAAGUUGGAGAGAAGCCACUCCUAUCUUUUUCAACAUUCGUCCAGGCAGCUAGAAACAAUGUGCUUCUUGCUGUUCCAGCUCUUCUGUAUGCUAUUAAUAACUAUCUAAAAUUCAUCAUGCAGCUGUAUUUCAACCCUGCUACCGUGAAGAUGCUCAGCAAUCUAAAGGUUCUGGUGAUUGCUGUUCUGUUGAAGAUGAUAAUGAAACGUCGUUUUUCCAUCAUACAGUGGGAAGCACUUGCUCUGUUGUUGAUAGGGAUAAGUGUAAACCAGCUGCGUUCUCUACCUGGAGGUUCUACUGCUUUAGGCAUUCCUGUUACUACGGGGGCAUACAUCUACACCCUGAUCUUUGUCACUGUUCCAUCUAUGGCAUCUGUCUUCAAUGAGUACGCUCUGAAGAGCCAGUACGAGACAAGCAUUUAUCUUCAGAACUUAUUUCUCUAUGGUUAUGGUGCAAUAUUCAACUUUCUUGCGAUACUGGGAAUGACCAUCGUUAAAGGCCCUAGCAGCUUUGACAUCUUGCAAGGACAUUCUAAAGCUACCAUGCUUCUCAUAUUUAACAAUGCAGCACAAGGAAUUUUGUCUUCCUUUUUCUUCAAAUAUGCAGAUACUAUCUUGAAGAAGUAUUCGUCCACUGUUGCUACAAUAUUUACCGGAAUAGCAUCUGCAGCUCUCUUUGGACACACUUUAACCAUGAACUUUCUCCUGGGGAUUUCUAUUGUCUUCAUUUCAAUGCACCAGUUCUUUUCACCGCUUUCAAAAGUCAGAGACGAGCAGCAGAACGGGAAGCUAGAGUUAGUUAAUGUGCCAGAUGUUCACAGGGCUAAAGACGCAUUCAUCAACAUGGCAGCGGGAGCAAAUGAAGAGGCCACUCACCGCGUUGAGGCAGAUGACAGAGCGCCGCUUCUUCCCAGAUAAAAAGUUUUGCUUAAAAAGAGAUUUUAAAUUCUUUUGGCCCGGGAUUAUUAGCCAGAGAUUUCGGAUGGGAGUCUAUUGGGGUUACAAAAUGCAAAUAAACUUCAUGCAGCCGCUGCUCAAAGACUCUCUCUCAUAUCCGAGUCAAUACUUGGUCCAAGAACAACCUUCUCUAUUCUUCUACUUGAUGACACUAAUAUUACUGAAGGAGCUCUCCUCACGCCUUCUUUUAAAGUAUUCGGAAUCCAUUCCUCACAUUUUUGGAUUAUUUUCUUUUUUUGGAAAAAAAACAAAACAAAACACCAUGUUGCUGUUCUGCUUUUUUGUGUCGUUCAUUUAAAUCAAUCGAAAAAUUUAUUCCUUUUUUA